AGAACCACCUGGAAAUAGACAGACAUACACAUUACCAAACCAGAUUUCCGAGGGGAAGUUACAUUUAAUUCUAAAUAUUUCACAUAAUUAUUGUUACACAAUGCCCGUUCACGUUGAACUGACGCUGGAGGAGCUGACCAGGAUUGCCCUCGGGGUGCCAGAGCUAACACAGACCAACGUGGCCGUGCUCCACAGCCUGCUGAAUGUGCUCCUCAAGAAACUCAACUGCCAGCAGGACGUGGUCAGUAUCAGUGGCUUCGAGGGCAAGUGCAUGGAGCGGAUCCUAGAGCAGUCCAAGAUCUCCCCGCUGGCCUUCGAUGUGCAGUCCAUUGUGCCCAUCUCGGAGCAACUGGACAAGGUGCAGCUGAUGGAGCAGCGCAUCCGGCAGCUGGAGACCAAGCUCGAGUGCCAUUUUAAGCAGAUUCGCAUCUGCAACAAGGCCAAGGACCAGAAGCUCAGGAUCCACCAUGCCGAGCAGUACGCCUCGCCCUGCGAGGAUCUCUGCACCACCUGUGACGAGGACAACAAAAUCGCCUGCAGCCUGCUGGCCAACGUUGACUUUAUGAAGAAGCUGAUGCGGUACAUAGCCAACCCGAUCAUCGACCAGAUGGACCAGAUGGGCCGGAAGCUAGACAAAUUCUAUGCCAGUCUGCAGGAGUUCCUGCAGAAAACUGAGGCGCUCUACAAGCGCCUGGAGCUGGUAAAGCAGUGUGUGGUGGAGAUCGAAGGCAUAAGAAAACUCGUCCAGGAGUACAACUUGACCUUUAUCGGAACGAUGGAGGAGCUGCAGGACAUGCUGGACAGCAAGCUGGACAAGGUACAUAUGCCGGCGCUGAAGAAGUACAUCCGCGACCGCUUCGACGACCUCGAACGCAGGCUGCACCUCCUCGAGGACAAGGACGAGUGCCCGCGGGCAGCAGGAUUCAUAAACACAGGUCUGACUUGCCUCUCCUGCAACAGCAAUCAGGUGGGAGCGGAUGUCGGUCCCCAGACCAUUGGUGUCCUCCCAGAUGCUCCUCUCAGGCGCGGCUACAACGCGGCGGCCAACUGCCAGAAGAGCGUGGUGUGCCGCGCCGUGGAGAAGGAGCCAACGCUGAUGGUGCGUGUUAAUAAAUUGGACCUGAGUGUCCUGGCUGAGCGACUCAGCCGCCCGGCCACGGACAAGGUGUGCAAGCUGCCGGAGGCUAAUGACAUUCUCUAUGGCGUUCGCAACUCCUGCGUGUCCAAUCUGGCUGUACAAUAACACCCAUGUUUGUUCCAAAUCGAUUCGUUUAGCCAAUAAAGCAUAUGCGGCCCCUCUCAAGGCCUUUUCCGUUAA